ACAGUACCGGUUUUGACUUGCCAUUGGUAGUCACGUUGCUCGGCUCGUGCUUAGUGAUUAUGUUUUGUUUAUGAGUCGUUAUCAAAACGAAGUAGAACGUUCCACCACGACCCCCAGAGAGAUAGAAAUCGGAUGGUUUCCCCGACGAUUUUCUAACGCGCUAUCCCGUAACUGUGGCCAGGGUCUGGAACGAGUGUGCAUGCAAGCGGAGGAGUAGCGUCACUCCACUCCCUCCCCCUUCGUAUUUGUUUUCGGAUAAAACGUCGCAUAUCAAUGCUUAUGUCAAGUUGACAUAAUAAAUAUCACUACUGUGAUAAACGUUAUCAUUAUGGCAUAGAAUCGUAGCGUAACCGUACGAAAGAUAAAUCCCAUUUAUUCACCGAAGAGAUUUUACGUUGUUGGGAAGCGCGUUUUUCCGCGUGUGUGUAAAAAAUGGGCGUGCUCUCGCGUAGACGUUCCUUAUUAAUAAAAUUAAUAGUUGUAGUGUCGACCGCGUGGUUUACGAUAGCGUUCCUGCUGUACUCGGAGGAUCGGUCGCGUCCCGCUCUCGCCCUCUCGUUGCAGAACGGCCUGGUCAACCGGGAGGCGCGCGAACUGCCGGAGGACAACGCGAUAGAUCCGGUUAAUCCGUUUAAAAAUGACGCUAACGACGUGGAGGAGGAGGAAAAGGGAAAUCUGCCGCCGCCGAAGAAGGAGGAGGAUAAUGGUGUCCUGUUACCGCCGCAGAGCUUGGCCGGGGAGAUGGGUAAACCGGUCGUGUUGCCGACCAAUCUUAGCGCUGAAGUUAAGAAAAUGGUUGACGAUGGCUGGCUGAAGAACGCUUUCAACCAAUACGUUAGUGAUAUGAUCAGCGUCCAUCGAAGCCUACCUGAUCCUCGAGACGAGUGGUGCAAAAAGCCGGAUCGCUACCUUGAAGACCUGCCGCCGACCUCGGUGAUAAUUUGCUUCCACAACGAGGCCUGGUCGAUAUUGCUUAGGACGGUACAUUCCGUUUUGGAUCGCUCGCCCAAGCACCUGCUGACGGAGGUGCUGCUGGUCGACGACUUCUCCGACAUGAGUCACCUAAAACAACAGCUGGAGGACUAUUGGGCCAAAGAGCCCAAGGUGAAAAUCGUACGUGCGAAAAAGCGCGAGGGACUGAUCAGGGCGAGACUGCUAGGUGCGAGGCAUGCGUCGGGACCGGUGCUGACUUACUUGGACUCCCACUGCGAGUGCACGAAUGGGUGGUUGGAGCCGCUUCUCGAUCGGAUCGCGCGGGACUCGACGACCGUCGUUUGUCCGGUCAUCGACGUCAUUGACGAUACGACGCUGGAGUACCACUGGCGGGAUAGUAGCGGCGUGAACGUCGGCGGUUUCGAUUGGAACCUCCAGUUUAAUUGGCACGCCGUGCCCGAACGGGAGAAGACCAAGCACAAGAACAGCGCCGAACCGGUUUGGAGUCCAACCAUGGCCGGUGGACUGUUCAGUAUUGAUAAGGCUUUCUUCGAGAAACUGGGCACGUACGACAGCGGCUUCGACAUUUGGGGCGGCGAGAACUUGGAGCUGUCGUUCAAGACGUGGAUGUGCGGCGGAACGUUGGAGAUCGUACCGUGCUCGCACGUCGGCCACAUCUUCAGGAAGAGAUCGCCGUACAAGUGGCGCAGCGGCGUCAACGUGUUACGCCGCAACUCGGUGCGAUUGGCCGAGGUCUGGUUGGACGAGUACGCGAAAUACUACUACCAAAGGAUCGGAAACGACAAGGGCGACUUCGGCGACAUUAGCGGCCGAAGGGAGCUUAGGAAAAACCUGAAGUGCAAGACCUUCAAGUGGUACCUGGACAAUAUUUAUCCGGAGCUUUUUGUACCGGGCGACGCCGUUGCGAAUGGGGAGUUCCGCAACUUGGGUUACGGAGGAAAGACGUGCUUGGAUUCGCCCGCUCGCAAGUCCGACUUACAUAAACCGGCCGGCCUUUAUCCGUGCCAUCGACAGGGGGGAAAUCAGGUAAAGCACACGUUCGUUAUUCACGUUUCUCUACUUUUACAGGUGGCUAAUGGGGACCGAGAUUAUUGUCUUGAUUCCGCCUGCAAGCCAGAAGAUAUGCACAAGCCCGUUGGGCUUUGGCCUUGUCAUAGUCAAGGUGGAAAUCAGUACUGGAUGUACAGCAAAACGGGCGAGGUGCGUCGCGACGAGGCGUGCCUGGACUACAGCGGCCAAGAGGUGAUCCUCUACCCCUGCCACGGCUCGAAGGGCAACCAAUAUUGGGACUACAACGAGGACACGAAACUAAUUAGGCACGGUAGUAGUGACAAGUGUCUGGCGAUUAACGAGCCCAAGACGAAACUAGUGAUGGAGCAGUGUAAUAGUGAGCUGACGCGUCAGCGAUGGACCUUAGAACAUUACGAUCGCAGUAAACGUAGUAACUAGAUCCGCCGAUGUGCUUUAAAUAAGUGUACAAUGGAACUAACUUCAUGUGAUAGUGCUAUUUUGAGUUUUAAAUUAUCCUUUUUUGGGAUGUGCUCAAUUUAUACAUUCCGUUAAUUUUCGUACUUGAAGGAUGAAGCGCAAUUUUUUAUAUACAACAAUUAUUUUAAUUUAUAAUAAUGUACUUAAUUAUUGUUAUUGUUAUCAUUCCUUUUGUUUUACAAUUAACUCAAACUGGGGACACUCGACGAUCUGAAAUUUUUUGUUGUAGCUGAACUGUGAUAAAGUUUUUUUUGUCUUGACUACCUUAAAACUAUUAGAGAGUGAUCUCCAGUUUCAGUUGAUGCGUUUUCGUUUAACUGACGGUUUAUAUCACCCAAUGUAAACCAGGCCAGUUUGUCUCUUUGGUAAAACAGCUUUACUACAACUGUACUGCAUACGUACUCGAUCAAGGUUGGUAAAAUACGUUUUUUACAUAUCGUCAGGCAUAUCGUUCCGUUAAAAAAAUUUUUACGCAACUUUUACAAAUGAAAUCACAUGUCGUUUUGAAAAAGUAUGAUAUUAUCCUUGAUUUUCUCAACAUGUGGGUAUAGUUUACUCUUAUUUUAAUUGUAUAUACGGUAGGUACUUAAACGUCUUGUACUUUCUUUAAAAUAAGAAUCAGCUUAUUUUUGUAGUCCCAAGUCGUCGAACUUUUUAUUAUUUGCUCAAGAGUAUUAUAAAUAAUUAGCGUGUGAUUAUUUAAAUUAUUAACGUAGGGUCAGAACUUUUAAGAUAAAUUAUAGAUUCCCCGCAUGCCAUUUUAUACUGUUUUAUAAGUUGUGGGCGAUAUUGGUAGAGAAGAUGUACAGAAACUGAAAGUGUCGGCUUUUUAUAAGUAUAAUUUAUCAUUUUUUUGUAAAUCUCACAGCUAUGAAAUUGUUGGUAAUUUGAGAGUAUAUUAUAGUCAUUGUGUUUUGCAUGAAUGGUGUAAUUAAUAGGCCAGUUAAAGAUGUAUUAAAAUGUGCCUUAAACUAUCUUGUAUCAACAUAUACAUACUGGUUAAUAAAGAUUGUGUUUAUGAUA